GUUGGUGAUUUCUUGGUGAACAUGAAUUUUGAUGAAUGAAUAUUCCUUGCUCAUUUUCCACAUGCAUGACGUACUGAAUUUGGGUUACAGGUGAUACAGAAAACCCAGUCCAAAUGUUUCGAUGGCGGACGAAUCGAAAGAUCUUUGCAACAAGACUAACUCCGAAAACAAAUUGCGAGCGGCAACGGAGGUUUUUCAACGCAAAUAUCGCUCUAUGUCCACUUAUGGAGAACAAGUUAUCGACGAAGCUAACCGUUCGAACAAGGCGCUAUUUUGCCUGCCGGAAGACAAUCCUGUGAGAUUCUACUGCAAAAAAAUCGUAGAAUCCAAGUAUCCUUUUCACUACAAAAAAUGAAAAAUUUAAAAAAUAGUUUUAAUCUUAAUGCUUUCUCCACUAGAAAAUUUCCAUAAGUUAGCCACUUUUGUUCAUUGUAUUAUAGUUAACCACAUUACCUUGACUCUCGCUGGUAUAUUGCGGUAUAACUGAUGAAAGUUUCUAAGUAUUCUAACUACAGUUGUUCAUUCAGACCCAUGCCUCGGUUCUUAGUCGAGUAACUUGCUUGUCUCGCUAAUAGCAAACGCUGACACGACAUUUUUAGAGAUUUCUCUAUAAAAAGCUUAUUUUCGUUCCUGAGACUUCGUCAUUUAUCGCGUAUUUUUGAUUUACCUUCUUAAAUAAUAAAGUGGGGAAAUAUUCAGGGCUGUGAAGAAUAUUGUUGAUAUGUAUAAGCACAGGAUCAUUAGUUUUAUGCGAUAAAUAGAUGCGUUCAUCUUCUGCUUUACGACGUAACAUACCUAAAUUGAGUUCUAAGUUGUGUUUCCUGACUAUUUUAACAGAAAGUUUGAAUAUUUUAUUUUACUGACCAUUGCGGCAAAUUGCGUGGUACUUAUGCUAGAAGAACCGCUACCUAAUGGAGAUACAACAGAGCGGAAUAAAAAACUGGUAAGGGCGAAAACGCGUAUUUUGUUGUGUUUUUCGAGCAAGACAAAUAUUAACCACAAUGCGCUUUUAUUAGGGCUUUCUAUAAGGAAACGAUUUAAGCGCUUCUUAAAGAACUCCUAUAAGAGAGAACUCGCCACAUUUAUAGUCAUAGCAACUUGAUGUCUACUGGUUAUAGUCGCGUGGAAAAUUGUCAAAUUUAUUUGUGAUUUUCUGUUUUUAGUUAUUGUUUUAAUCUCUCCUAUUGUCAGGAAAAAUCUGAAAUGUAUUUCGUGAUCAUUUACUGCAUCGAAGCUGCAACGAAGAUUAUGGCUAACGGAUUCGUACUGCAUAAGGAUGCCUAUCUACGAAAUGGCUGGAAUAUUUUGGAUUUUGUGGUUGUUGUGGUCGGGUAAGCUUUUUAUUUAUCUAAGUGACAGUGGAGUUUGCUCACAUUAAUAUUCAGCUCUUGCAGCUGCCCCUUAUUGUCACUGCUGUUUGCGCCGGAAAUUUCAUUAAAAAGGCUUAUGGCCUGCGCAAGCCAAGACAGAUUCACCUAUUUCAGCGCCAAAAAAAGCAACUAUAACAAGUUAUGGUAUUUGAGUGUCUUGCUCUGGACGUCAAUUGUAUGAUUGAGGAUCAAAAAUCGAGAAUUAAAAGCAAAAAAAUAACAACAAACAAAAACCAAGAGGCUUGUAUUUAGAUUUGAAGGUGCUAGAAAAAUUAUUGCUUUUUUGUCCUCACUUUUCGGGAGAAUUGUCACUAAAUUAAAUAUUCUAAACAAGACAAACUGCUCAGUUGGGUUUAAAUCUUGCUGACUUUUGCAUUUAUUGAGCAAAAAAUACAUUUUGGCAAGGAUUUAACUGUUUAAAAAGAUGUAAGAAUAAUUCAAAGGGUCGUAUCUAACUCAAAACUUUUAUUUUUUUUCAACCACCACAGUCUUAGUGUGUUAAGUGAAAAAUUAGCACCACAGCAAGCCAGAUCGCAAAAAAUAUAGCACACAAAAAAUGUUGAAAGCGCUUGGUAACCAAUUCUCAUCAACAGUAGAAAACACUACGACACUCUUGUUUAUGUUAUAACACACAUAUUAAUUUUACUGUUAAAAUUUCAGGGUUUUUAUUAACAAUCAUGCAGUUCAUACGUUUUACUUCUCGCAAAGGGUUUAAGAAUUUUUGUGACCGUUUAAUAUCAUUUUAUUUCUAUUUUAUUUUAAUUAUUUAACUUUUUUGCAUCAAUAUAUUGUCGCCAGAAUUUGAAUUUUGUUUAACAGGUUUUAUUAUUAUUAUUAAUGUAAAAAGCCCAUAGAAAGAAAUGUCAUGCUGGCUUUAUUUCGCAGAACGUUUUUCGAACAACGUCCAUUGUAUUUAUCUGUUGGUGGUAAGCGAACCUCCCGCAACUUUGUUGAGACAACUUUCUCCGAGCGAGGAGUCCAUAACUUGGCGUAAGGGUACAAUUAUUCCCAGGCGAAAGUGAAUUGGUGUAAAUUUAUUCGAUUUUUGUCUUAUCUUCUGAGUCACUACCAUCGAAAAACAAAAGAGAAGAAAUUUGAAUUCUCAAAAUCCCCCCUCGAGAUACAGGUAGGGCUGACUUAGACAGAACCACCCACAUAGCGACUUCUACUUGAAUCUAAAACUUUCGGAGCUGAGACAUUGGACAUUGGUUAACUAUCCAAUGGCUGUACACCAUUUGAUGGGUCUCUUUCAAUGAUUCAUGCAUCACUCGGCUUGCACUAAAGAACAAUAAGUAAUCACUCAAACAGUUUCGCUUAGAAAUCAAGAAUAUUUUGAUUAAAUUAACUUUGCUCAGUUUAUGUUUUCCGAAUUAAGCACUUAAGAAUUUUUGAAUUAAGAUUUUUCCCAGCAAGGAUGAAAACUGUUUUAAGCAUGAUAAUUAGAGGAGUCAAGCGUGAACGCUAAAGAGGGACCAUUGUAAAUUUAAGCAUUCAAAGUAUUCAAACAGUGAAUUGGUAAUAAGACAUUCCGGCCCUGAGUGCUAUAGCUAAUUGUCGCUUAAGUUCUUAAAACCUGCCUAGAGUAAUAAACUGUUUGUUUCUAGUAAAAAUAUCGCAUUUUUUGACCAUCUCUUUUCUUAUAUGACAAUUUUGGGAAAUAACAUUUGGGUCUGGCUGACCGUAGUGAACGCUUCCGGUUGAAUACAACUUGUGUUUCAAUGAAGAAAGACAUGAAAUUUCAACUACUACAUUUAUAAAGGUUACCGAUCGAUAUAACUGAAACAAUAAGAACCAUGUUAAAUGAAACUGGUAGAAAUGACAGGUUAUUGAUACUCGAAAUAGAUCCUUUGUAAGUUUUUGUCGUAAUUUUACUUGAGUUUUGACCAAAUUGGUGUUGCGUUCAAAUUAAUGGCGAAAUUAAUGUUACCCUCUGUUACCACACGCAUCUCUCUAUCAAAAUGUACCGCAUUGACCAGUUGUUAUUUAAAAAAAGCGAAGCCCUUUUUUUCAUUCAAGUAGCUACGUGUUUUUUAAUCACAACCGACCCGGCCUCCGCCUUUUCCAUUUAUGAUACCCUGUCACUGAUGAAAGUAAAGUCAUUUUGGGGAUUUUUACUUAACUUGCUCAGAGCCUUCCCCCGAAAAAUGGCUGCAACCAUUAUUUUUGCUCUGAACUAGGAUCAACGAAGAAAUCGAUGCACUUUCCCGGAUGUUACAUCAACCUGAAUCCCAAUGUCUUUCCCAGGACAGAAUCUUGAGAACGAGGUUGCCCAAGUCCCUGCACUGGUUUUAAGUGAUAUAGAAUUGCCCUUAAGACAAGAAGCGCUGGAAGGUUGCUAAUUAGUCAUAAAUUCUGUCGGUCCAUUGAAUUAAUUUAGCUCUAAAGUUGUCGGCCAAACGUAAAAACACAGUCUGGGGAACCAAGUCACUGAUUACAAUUCAAGUUACUGGACAGUCAGUCUUGUAGUCCCUCAGUGAGACUAAGGUCAGCUUGCUCGUGCGGGCUGCCCAUAAUUAUACAUUUCUUGAACUUGAACUUGAACUUUAUUUUUAUUUAAACACGGUAAAUCUAUCAGAUAAAAUAAUAAUAAGAAGAAAAAUUACAAUCUACUUUAAUCUAUAUAAACAUGAUCUAAAAAUUUAAAUAGUAAAAAUAGAGAAAAUAAAGAAAUUCUGCUUUACAUAGAUGCCGUGUGCGUUUUAUCGAUUCAGUCAAAGAAAUCGCGACAACCAUUUCGAAAAGAUUUAAGUGAUUUUGCUUGCCGCAAUUCAGGGGACAAGCUGUUCCAGAUAACCGCACCAUUAUAGCUAAAGCUAUUUUUCAAGAAAUUGGUGCGGGGCAAUGGAACAGCUAGUUUGUUUUCAGAGUUCCUUAAAUUAUAAGGUGGAUUAUAUUUAGUGAAAAGAGAACCAAGAUAGUCGGGCGCCUUGUAUAGAUUUAUAGACCAUUUCAACUUUCUACUGGCUUAAAACACAUUUACACCACAGAAUUAAUUUGGUUUAAUUAUUAAUUUUUUCUAUUAUUGCUUUUGUUUUUCAAAUUUCCUGUCAGGCAUUAUUGUAGUCGUUGCAGUUGAAGUUUUCUCGUGACUGGUGACAUUCUCUUUUUACACCUUCGAAGGCAUUCAUUUGCCCUCGCGUAGGGUUUUUUGUGAGAUUCAGAAAACAUAAAAAUCUUUUAAGUUCAUUUGACAGUGAAAACGGACAUGGCCUAGGUUGGUAUAUUCAUGAUUAUUUGAUUCAUGUACAAACAGUAGAACGUGCUCAAAGCCAUAGAGAGCAAGGAAGUCUGUAUAUAUGACUAAAAAUAACUCUUUGAUAGAGGAAGAAAUUUAACCAGCUGCCGCUACACUAUAUCGACAUUCAAAACUUGUGCUCGGAAUAUUGCAUUAUUUUUUAUGACGAUAGUUUUCUCCUACUUCAGUCCAUAAUUGCCAAAAAUCAAUGGCUUAAUCAGACUUGUAAAACCAGUAAGAUAAAAAUAGGAAGCAACAUAAGGCCAUCCCCUUUGUUUUUCGUUUAGCGUCGAAUGCGUUUCCUGAUAUUGGGUCGGUCGGUCGGAUUGAAAAAAAAAACCGAAAAGACAAAAAAGUCUCAAGAAGUCUUGGAAUAGGAGGCCCUGGUAUCCCAGUAUGACGUUAAAAGUUUACAUUCACAUAUUUGGAUUUAAUUUAACAAAAUGCACUAUAUACUGUAAAAAAUGUUCCUGUUUUUGUUUCUGUUUUUCUCUAUGCUUUUACUACGCUCAUUUUUCAGAUUAAAAGAAUUAUUUCAAGUGAAAAAUGGCUUGACUACGUCGCCACUUUUCUUUUUUUUUUGAAAAUGUCAAAAAUUUGGGUCGGUCGGACGACGCUAAAGGGAGAAAAAGAAAGAGGAUGGCCUAAGUGCGAUGUACUUGUGAAGAGAUUUCAAUGAUUUAAACGUCCUGUUUCCAUAAUUCAAACUUUUAAAAAGUAAAUUUAUUUUUUUGCGGCACUUAAACGCAGGAAAUUAUCACAACAGAUCAGUCCUUAAAAUGCGGAGUAGCGACUUAUUAUCACCUGAGACGGGAAAUUGCGACAAAAGAAACCUUUGUUGAAGAAUAUAUCAACAAUCUCAAGAUACCAUCUUCAACUUGGAAUCGGGAUAACCUUUACUGCGCUUUUCACAAACAUGCGAACUCUAAAGUUCAAAAGCCGCCUUCACAAUUGCGUUUUUCGCUGCCGUCAAUCACAAUUACGAUCACCUUAGCGCGGCGCAGGUUGUACAAUGUUUCUUAAGCUGAUCUGAAAACACUAAAGCCCUAAAGAAGUGGAGCAAUUAAACUAUGACGAGAUGCAUGGGACGCUUACAGGCGCUUUUAAAAGAUAAAAGAAACAAGCGAACAAACAACAAGAACAGGAGCCGAUUAAGUAAGCUUGCAAGAAGCAAAAAAAACAGAAACCUGCAGGCGCGUGCGCUGAUGCUGACUGCUGCCAAAUACAAAACUGCAGCGCGCGGUAAUUACAUGCAGAACUAACAUCUGAUCAUUUGGCUGUCUAUGCAAUUUGGUUUGCCAAACUUGAGACGAUCACUUGUAUUUUUAGCCUCCGGAAGAUAUUUUUCCCGCAUCCCAAUUCCCUCUCUUAACCACGUGACGUUGUCUUUUCCCAUCAAUCCUUGCCUACGUGUUAAACUGGCAAGUAUCGUGUUUUAGGUUUAUUUCUUGAGCUUGUAUCAAAAACACCUGAUAACGACAUUCAGGUACCUCAAGCUAGAACCAUGUGGCAAUAAAUGUUUCCGGGUUUAACUUACUGCAAUAUUUUUCCUUGGUUUAGAUGAAUAACUCUAUCAGGGUUGGAUCUGGGGCGGGGGGGGAUGGCCAAAGGAGCCCCUUUUGUCUGAAGCUGUGUUCAAUUUUAUUGUCUUCCUGGUAAAAUCUGUCUUUUAGAGCUUAUUUAUUUUUGGACACAAGAUUUCUUGAACCAAUUAGUAAAUGGAACAUUUCAAUAUAGCUUGCUCGUUCCACGGCCCCUUCCAUCUAAAUCUUCUGCAUCCGCCUCUCGAGUAGGACAACAUUUGUCUUUGACAAGAAAGGAAAAUUUUUCGCAUCUUCACUCCGACUAAGGAAAACUUAAUAGAUGAGUAAGCAAGGCUAGUUAUUUGGACCUGAAUCGGAAGAGCUGCCGGUCUAAUGACUAUUUGACCUAUUCUAUUGACAACAAUGAUUUCAGAAUUUUUAUGGAAAGACAAUCGAAUUUCAUUUUCAAACGGAAUGACAGUAAAUAAAAACGUCUAACUAUAGAACCUGAUCGAGCAAUUUAGCUAACCAAACUUUUUGCUUAUUUUGUUAUUCUAGGUUAGUAGGAAUGAUUUCAGGUAUUGAGAGCAACCGCAUUAAGGAGUCAGAAUCGCUCAAAGUACUUCGAGCUGUGCGUGUUUUACGACCGCUUAAAAUAGUUUCUGGAAUACCAAGUGAGUUUAUCUAUAUACGUUCGUUUGAAACUUAAAAAUACCAUACUUACCAGACCUACUAGUUUGUGUGAGCGGCUGAGAACAUAUAUCUUCUCUUCGGGGAGAUUAGCCUGCGUUGCAGACCCUCUAAACAUAGUAAUGGUCUCAUGAGACGAUGUGUGGGCCGGCUGCAAGGCGGGUUACGAGUAUGUGUACCAAUAGUAUUUCAUACUUUUUUUUUCCAAAACAGAAUAGAAUCUAAACGCCAGACGUAUAAUAGACAACACCUUAUAGGGCAACGACACUUUUUACUGACCCAGUAGUUCGCAUUAGGGCCUAACAUUAAGUAGGCAUACAAACAAACGGGGUAAAAGGGGUAUCUUUUUGAGGCAGGGAUUUCACUAUUAAAAGUAUUUGAAAGGGAGGGAAAAUCUGUCAUUUUAAUUUGUAAAAUGACCUAAAAGGGCUACUUUUUAAGAGUGUGAAAAAGUCGACGAGAAAACUAGUUUUGAUUUAUUCAUAUUUAAAAGAAAGUACAGGGAUCCAACGUUCUAACCAAGGUAUGUGAAAGGGGUACCAUUUGUCAAUGAAAGGUAUAUGAAAGGGGUUCCUUAUCUGACAAAAAUGGUAUAUUUAAAAGGGCAACGGGUUGAGCCACGGGACGGAGUCCCCCGGUAUAAAACUUUGUUGAGUAUUCACCACCCCCUCCCCGGGUAAAAAUUCUCAAUUAUAUGAAUGACGACAAGCGUGACCCCUGAACCACUUGGCCAUGCUGUCAAGCUCAUCGCGCCUAGUUUUAUCCAGGCUAUUGGAUUUAACUUUUUUAUUAGACUAAUAAAAACUGUGUUACAACGUUAUCACGGUAAUUUUUUUUCAAUUACCCUUCUUUUUGGGGCUGACUUGGUCUCCUUUCUUAAUCGAAGAAUGGUUAAUUUGUAAGGGCGGCCUUAAAUUUAUAUAUUAAUAAUGUAAACCCUUAUUUUAUUCUUUUAUUUUUUUUUCAGGUCUUCAAGUUGUUAUGAAGUCAAUAGCGAGGGCAAUGAUCCCUCUUCUUCAAAUUUUAUUUUUAAUUUCGUUUGUUAUCGUAAUCUACGCUAUAGUAGGAUUGGAACUUUUAAGAGGAAAAUUUCACUCAACGUGUUACAAUUCAACUACAGGUAACAAAUUAUGCAUGUUGUUGUACUUGUUUAAAAUGAGUGUGAAUUGCUAAAAUCCCCUGCAACACCAAAAAAAAUUUCUCGUAGUUGAACCAGCUUUACCAUGUUGAAAAUCAAUGGUUUUUAGAUAGUUCAUUAAGUAAGCAUUGACUUGUGUUUCUAAUUAUAUAAAUUUGUAGCCCUUGGGUCUCAUGAAAAAAACUUAACUUUAAACUGUUUGAACGGUGAUGAAGAAGGCAAUUUCAACAGUGACUUCUUAGACGUAAGUGUUCAGUGUCAGGGCGUAAAGGAAAUUUUGUCACCUUUUGUUUAUAGCUUUUAGCGUUUUAAAGUUAGUUGUGGGAAAAGCGAUAAUGGGAACAAUAGAAUAUUAGCAGUCAACUAACAACUUCACCAAUGUGUAAAGUAUUUUCAACUGACUUAAUGCGAUUGAGAAAGUCACAGCAUGAAUAUAAACUAAGUACUGUUCUAUUUGCGCUGCGAAUAAGCUUUGGUCAAGCCACACCUGUUUGUAGCAUAGUAUAAUGGUAUAAAAACAUCAACGGAAAAAAAUAAUCUCCCAUAUUUAAGAAAAUGUUGCAAAGGUCAACAGCAUGAAAGCUAAGCAAACGAGACUAAACAUCAUUCGACUAAAACUGAGUCACAUUUGAUCUGAAAAUAGAUACCCGCCUACGGUGAUUUUUUUUUUAUUUUUGAAAACAAUUUACAUUCAGCGGUCCUUAGCAUUCCAAACUUUUUGCCGACCAAUUUCUAAAUCUUUUAACAGACAGCCCUCGACCAAUGAGCGAAUUUCUACACUAUUAGUUUGUUGUUGUCUAUCAGGUCGGCCAAGAAAUCGAGAGCUCUGGAAUCAAACCGCGCUCAAUCUGUUACUUUAUCCUGUUCCUCAAUCGUUUGCUAACGCAGGAAUCAUGAUAUAUUCAUGACAACUAACCUGUAUGUCAAUUGAUAAUGAUACUAUUACAUUUUUGUUUUAUUGCAGGUGAAAUAGAUACCAUGUUUAUUAGUCCACGCGUCUGCAGUAAGCCAGGACUUGCAGGUCGACCCUGCAGGCAGGAACUUAACUGCACUAGCAAUACGUCUGUCUGGAGUGGACCAAAUAAAGGAAUCACAACAUUUGAUAAUAUUUUUCUGUCUAUGCUGACAGUGUUUCAAUGUAUUACAAUGGAAGGAUGGACUGAAAUUAUGUAUCAUGUACGUAAUCAUCCAACGCACAGUACGUUAAAUAAUUUCUAAGCCCUAGACACAUUUUUGUACAGGAGCGGAUUCCUGGUUUGCUUUCCAGACCAGUUAUUACAGGUAGUUGAUGCCGCAUUGCAAGUAAAGUUCACGUGAAGAUAUGCUUCACCACAGCUGAAUUUGUUAGUGUUUAUCAUAAUCCUAAAUUUUCUUCUCUUGAUAUCUCAGCUCAACUUCAUAGACUUACGUUCCGAAAAUGUCUUAGGAACGUGGCAACGGUUAUUUCUUCCCUCUGUAAGGGCUAAAAUGAAAGGAGAUUUAAAAGUGUCAGUAUUUUUUGGGUAUCUACUGUCACGUGACUUAUAGGCCCUUUGAUCCUGAAAUCACUUUAGCACAGCUUUUGUCCAAGCAGUAGCUCUGGUCCAAGAAAUGACAUUCAUUUUGUAUUUAUCCUUCGUUGCAAAUUUUUCUUCUUUUUCAUUGGCAGAGAGCUCACCACGUGACCUGCAAAUAACUCCCUACAAAUAAUGGUCUGCUCAUGCGCAAUGUCGUCAAACUUUGUUUGGCUGCAAAUAAUAUUCUUCUCAUUGUCCUUCUUGCGAUCGCCCUUGCGUGAAAAUGGCUCAGUGCUUCGCUUCCCGAAGAUAUUCAUCAAAAAAACAAACUCGGUGAUCGAAUGAUAAAUCAAGUAUUUGUUUCUUCUAGAGUUAUGAUGCCCGGGAUUAUCACAACCGCGUGGUCACUUCCAUCGUCUACAUAUCAUUAAUAAUUAUUGGCUCAUUUUUUAUGCUCAAUUUGGUUCUUGGAGUUUUAAGCGGGUAAGUCAUCACUGCGGUUCAUUUAAUGUUAACCCCACCUAGUUAUAUUUCGUUAUUUAAUUACAGCUAUAAUUGUCUAUACUUUUUUUGUGGAAAAAGCAUCUCUUUUUCUCUCUCUGCUAUGUAAUUUUACUAUUUUAUUCAUUGCUUUUUUCCACAGUGAAUUUGCCAAAGAAAGAGAAAGAGCUGAAAAUCGUCGAGCAUUCUUCAAGUUUCGAAGUCGAGAGAAGUUAGAACGCCAAUUUACAGCAUAUUCUGAUUGGAUAGGAAGGGCAGGUAAGAAAAACGUGACGUCCACUUCAGCGCAUGUCAAUAAGCAAACCAUUAACUACAUUAGAUUUACUAUACAAUUUUCACAGUUUUAACGCGCACUCAGUUUCUAUGUAAGUUUAUCGUGGUAUGUAAGCUGUGACCUUCAACUAGCUUGCCAUUACGAAUUUUCUGAUGAGUAUAAAGACAGCGAAACCUGGGAGACAGAAGACAAGAGCGUGGAGUAUAAGGAGUUUUUCCAUUGUCAACUGUAACUUUCUUGUUCUAUAGUUAUCUUUGGUUAAAAUAUUAGUAACGAUGUUGUGUCAUUUUCAGAGGACAUUCUGUUAAGGGAAGAAAGAGAAAGACAUGGAGUUGGAGAAGGUAUUUCUUUCUUACCUACUUACUUUCUAUUUAUGUCGUAAGCUUUACUUUAAAAGCACCCGCGCUUUUUAUAAAUCCACUUUCGUUAGAGACAGUUACAAAUUGAAAAAAGAUUUAUUUAUCUAUUCCCUGUUCAAUAAUUUUCUUAAGCCUAGGCUAAACGUCGAACUUUUCAUGAGACGAACCAAAAUUAGUGAGUUAAGUUCAUGAAAAGUUCGACCGGGUCUGGCUCAGUAAAGUUCGCCUGAAUGAGUUUGGAUCGUCUAACACAUUCUAUCCGUCUGCCUUACAAGGAUAGAACGUCUGAAGAUCGAUCUUCAUAUGCCACGAACUACACUAAUAAAUUAAAAAUUUGUAUGAUCAUGUAUGUUUAGCCUCGUUCGGGAUAAAAUGUAUUACUGAACACCCGCUGGUCGGCUAAAAUUGCUUUUUGGUGUGAUUCAAUUGAUUGGUUUGAAGCCUGACCCAACAGACGAUCUUAACUUAGGUUUGGUCGACCCAAAUUAGCGUUUGGUUCGUCUCAUGAAAAGUUCUGCUUGUAAGGUGCAAAAAAUUAAAGGUGUGAAAAAAGAGAAAAGGGAAAAAUUAUACGCGGGUUUAAGCUUUUUCACCCGUCCCCUUCUCUUUUGACCACUCUCGUAAAAGGCAUUCCGGAGCUAACCACGACGGUGACGAAAAUGUGACUUACAAAAGUCAAUUCGCGCUAUUUCAAACUUCAUCUCUUUUUCUCCAUCUCAUUUGAAAUGUUACGAGAUUUUUCUGGACUUGAAUUCUAAAGAGCUGUAUUCGUUCUCUUAAGUUAAAGUCAUCCAUAAAACGUGAAAUUAAGUAAAGUCUACGUUGCAUAGACGGGUAUAAUUAACGAAAACAAAGAAAUGUACAAAAAAGCGUGCUGCAUGUGCCAAGUUUUCUAUGGCUAAUCUAAGCCUGCCUUGCUCUAAUUUUUUGCCGUCCUCUUUGAUUUUGCCGUCGUGGUUGCUUAAGUUCCCUAUUUUUUAACUAACAGAUGAACUACACCGCUGAUUAAUGAUUUUUUUUCCUCAUAGGAGGCCCACGUGAUCCGCUAAAGAAGCGUAACAGUCUGUCAGACUCUAUAAUGCAUUUGAUAGAGGAUCGCGGGGAAAUGUUGAAACAUCUUAGAAAUAAGUCUGAAAGGUAUAAUGUGUUUCUUAAAAAGUUUUCUUUGAAACUCUGUUCAUUUUGACUUGAAAGGGAAUUCAUCUUUAUACUAUUUUUUUAAAAAUCUGGGUUUUUUUUUUUUUUUUUUUUUGCAGCUCAAGUGCAUUUCGAAAAAUCAAGAAAAAAGAAAAGUUAUUUCGAAUUCAUGUACGUCAAAUGGUUAAAAGUCAAGUUUUUUAUUGGUCGGUUAUAGUCUGUGUUUUCCUUAACACAGUUCUGAUGUCGGUUGAGCAUUAUGGACAACCAAAAUGGUUGGAAAAGUUUCAAGGUUGGUACUGUUCUUUACAGCAACUUUUAAUUCCUUUCAAAGCUCUGGGAGUUAACGUCUAUUUAAGUCGAGGAGUUUUUCAUUCGAUAUCCAGACACCGAAGAGUCGGUUGAAAAAGCGAUCUGAGGUCUCUGGAUAUCGGAUGGCCUACUUUUUUACACUCAUUUUAAAGUCAUCGUAUGACUAAAUUUUGGACGGCUGUCAUUACCUACAAGUUUAUGUAGAAAUAAAAAAUGCUAGCGUGCCAAAUCUAAAACAGCACUAGGAGGUGCCGGUGGAUGGCAAAUGCCGACUGAGAUGAGGUUUCUAUUUAUACUACCAGGGAAUUAUCCACACAUCUGGGUUAUUUUUGUGCUUUUCGAUCGCAGCUUAAGUUACCAUGCAUGGCUGUAAAGCUGCACUGGGUCUUUGUUUAGUACCAAGAGAGGAUCCUCCAUUGCUAGUACUCGAUGAUGCAUGUCAACAUUCAUAUGCUCCUUAAGAAACACCACCUCAAUUGAAAAUCCAUUGCUGUGAUUCCUUAAUUUUUUUUAUUAUUAUUAUUAUUUUACAGAAAUUUCAGAGUACGUUUUCCUCAGUAUAUUUAUAGCUGAAAUGUUGUUAAAGAUGUAUGGUCUUGGCCCCAAGGUGUACUUUAAGUCGGCGUUUAACAGAUUUGACUGCGCUGUAAGUACUUCAAUCUAUUUGUUGAACUUUAAGAUUGUGUCAUCAUUUUUAUCAGGUAGACAAUUUUUCGGUGCAUUUUCAUUCAAUUUUGAGUUGUUGGUUCGUAUGUUUACGGUUGUAGGCUUUUUAACUGUGAGCUCAGUCGAUUCAAAAGGGUAAAAUUUGUAACUCGUAGCCGGCCAAAGGUGGGCACAAUCAGGUCUGUUUCAAGUGAUUUCUACCAGGGAGGGGUCCCUUAUCUUAUUUAAUUUAUAUCUGUGACACGUUUGAGUUGAAGCUUUUUGGGGUGGGCCAUUGAGCGUUAUCACCACUGAUGCCGCUAUUCAUUCGCCUACAAGAUCCAGCUACAGUGUCCGUAAUACAGGCAGUCCAUGAUAGCCAAUUCAAUUCUCUUUCCAAGCUCGCUCGUCAGAACCUAAUUAUAAUAACCACAAUUUAAGCCAGGCGACCUUGUUUUUAGACCAUUUUGCUCCUUAAUUGAGAACACUUUUCAUUUCUUUAUGUCGGCAGGUUGUCCUUGGAGGCAUUAUUGAAAUAGUUGUACAGUAUUUUACAAACUAUAGCUUUGGCAUCAGUGUUCUUCGUAGUCUUCGUCUUCUAAGAGUUUUUAAAUUCACAAGGUAAGAUUGAAUCAGUUAGAGCACAAUCUUGCGAGAAACCUGAACUAAUAUUGACAAUUUGUAGCAUGGAUUUUGGUUUUUUUUCUGUUGUCUAUAUUUCCAACUUUCAUAAGUAGGUUGAGUAUGAAAUGUAUUUCGAAUUUAGUGAGAUUAACUUUCGUUGGCAUUAUUAGCUAAUCGAAACAAACAAUCUAAGUCAUUUGUAUAUAAAAACACAAGACUAUGUAGCAGUUUCACACCUGUUUACUCGAAAACGCAUACAAGCACCAAAGAUAAUGGUCAUUUUUAAUAAAAAUAAGCCAAAACUUUCAUGCCUAACGAUCUAAUAACCUUAGUUUAUUUUUCGUUUCAGAUUCUGGGCGUCAUUACGUAACUUUGUGACGUCAUUGUUAAACAGCAUGCGCUCCAUCUUAAGUCUCAUAUUCCUUCUUCUUCUCUUCAUCUUCAUUUUCGCUCUUCUUGGGAUGCAGUUGUUUGGUGGAAAGUAAGUUUAAAGGAUAGAUAUAAGAUAAACACUCGAUAUCGCAGUCUCAGCUUCAUUAACCAAUUUAGCCUGCCUUCUUUUAUUAUUUUCCUUCAUGCUGUCAGGACACAAAUUUCACGCUCAGAUUAAACUCAUGUGUGUCAUAAUAAUUUGUAUAAAAGUACAAGGAGAGGAUGGUAAAGAAUCUUAGUUUAAGGGCAGUUCCCAUUUAUUUGAGGUUGUUGGAAGUCGAGACGGUCUGUAUUAUUAAUUUUAUGCACAUGUAGUCAGUAUCCAAAAAACACCCCUGGGGUUGAGGGGUGGGUUAAGGAGUUGGAAAAGAGUCCCAUUCCCCCUCCCCCUGUUCAUCAAACCCCCAGCUUGCUGUGAGCACAGUAGUCGAUUUCUCUAAGAAAAAUGAAUUGUUAUAUUUGCAGGUUUAGUGAGCGGCACGAUGCUCCUCGUACCAAUUUUGAUAAUUUCCUUAAAGCAAUGUUGGCGGUUUUCCAGGUUCGUGCUUCUAUACUUCAACCUCCAUUUCCCCAUUAUAUCCUUUCGAGUUCUGAAUAGAUUACAUCACCUUGUGCUUCAAAUCUAGAGGGCUAGAUAUUCGCAGAGAAACUUUGCCUCACAUUUGCUCUAUCCACCUCGUUGCUGUGUACAAAAAGAUGGCGUGGCGGUGACGUUCUGCUUAACAAUAUUUUCCAUUUGUUUCGUGCUACGGACCUUGUUUUUUUUUUUUAAUAAUAUCAAAGUAACUUUCUGACUUCUCGAAAAUAGCAGAGUCUACUUGCACUCAAGAAAAAUAAUAACGCUGCACAUUUUGGUACCAAUGCUAAGCGUGAUGGCGACUAGCAUAAAGCAAUCAAUGGUUUAGCGCAGCCACCAAUAAACACAGUAAAGGGAGAUAUAAGCAAAAAAUUGCACUUCCCCUCGCCGACUAUCUUGAACAUUAUAUUUUACUAGGGUGAUGAACCGAAAUCUUGCAAAUUUUAAUAUUAUUUUUUUUUAAUUACAUUUUCAGAUAAUGACGGGAGAGGAUUGGAAUGCCGUGAUGUAUAAUGGGAUAGUUGCGUCAGGAGGACCUCAUACGAUUCAGGGGAUUUUGUCGUCAUUGUAUUUCAUCUCUCUUGUAAUUCUUGGAAAUUGUAUCUUUGCAAAAGACGUAAUAUCAUUUAUAAAUUUACGGUUUUCAAUUUUUUUUUGAAAGUAUAUUCCGUUGAAACCAAUCUUUGCAAACAAACUACGAUGUAAAAUUCUCCUUUAACAAAUCUUGACAUGGCUUGCCUUGGGAUUUUCUAACAUAAUGACAUUCAUUUUGUCAUCUCUUUCUUUUCUUUUAACUAUGAUCACUUUAUAAUAUCCUAACUGCCCAGUUGAAAACUAACUAAAGAAAGUUUUAAUCUUUGACAAAAUUUGAUCCAGAUACCCUACUAAACGUAUUUUUAGCUAUCGCAGUGGAUAACUUAGCAAACGCUCAAGCAGUUACACAAGACGAAAAGGAAGAACAAAGAAUGAUAGAAGCAAUAAAAAGAAAAAGAAUGGAAAAAAGGACUUCCCCUGGGUGGGCCAAAGUUCGACAGAUUCCUGUAAUCAUGGCAAUAAAGAACAUUAAUCAGAAUAAAACCGACCAUGAUAAUCCAUUUCGAAACAUGAAGCCCGCGUUUUCCUCCGUGGACCACGUGUCACCAAGGUAAUAACGGGAUACCAAAAUGGCUGCGGUUUUAUUGUCUUGGGAUUCUAAUAUGGUGGACUUGACGUCAUGUGAAAACGGUUCAUAAAGAUGAAUUUGGACAAUUGGUCCUGUUCUUGUCCUCCUCAUCCAGCAAUCGGCAGGAAUUCCCUUACCAACCCGCAACGCAGCACUUCUAUUUAUUAGACUUACUUGUUUAACCAGUUUUGGGUCCAAAACGUUAUUUUAUAAGCACAAAAUUCAAAAUUUAUCAAUGAGGUAAGUUAUUGCAAGCUUUAAACGACUUUAUCAUUUUAUUGAUUCUAAUUUCAAUAUUCUGAUAUAAUCUACAUAUUUCUAUCAUAUUUUUGUUUAGGGGAGCGAGAUGGAACAAGAAGUCUGCGCUGAGGGUGAGUGACGAAAAAGUUGUCAGACGACACAUAACGUUUUCUUCAACAUUACUGUAAAAAAAAUUCAAAACUAUCCGUUUCAUCGCCAUGAAUUUUUUCCAAGGUUGGGUUUGAGAAAAACGAGAGGUGAUAAGGGAAACAGUAAAUAUAUUCUCAGUACUCGGAACACUCGCACGCAAAGCCAAAUGAGUCUAAAUACAUAAGAUAUGGGAGAAUCGGCCCGAGGGUUUGCGAGUCGGUGGACCUGGAGAGAAUACGAGGUAUGCCCCAUCGCUGUGAGGAGUAGGGCGUGGUGAGAACUGCUCUCGAGGGUGGUGAGAGCUAAACUUUACUAGAACUGGCUGAAUAAUCAAGCUCCAGGCUUCUCUGAAAACCGAGGAACAAGGUCUGUGGGUAGGACGUGUAUUCCCCCGGGCCACGCUGAGAAUUUUAGGAGGUGCAUUGAUGCUAAGUUAGGCUUUUGUGGGUGUUUUCGCUGGUGAGAAUAGGAUUAAUAUUCUGAAGAGAAAAUAAGGGAGGCUACAUGUUGCUACCUUUGAUCUAAUCAUUUACACGUAUCUCCAAUGUUAAUUUUCUCUCGUUUGCCAAUUGUCUCUCUACUUGACAGAUUAAAUUUUCUCAAGAAAGUAGUUCCGAUCAGUCGACAAAGAAUGGUAACAUAUCUAAUGGCAAUUUCCCGCUAAAAUUUGAUGGAGAGGAGGAAGACGAAGAGUCAGGUAAAGAACCACAAUUAGGGAGCUCCGAAAUUCUCCUUAGCUCAUUUUGCCCCAAGUCUUUUCCCAAAGCGCAUUAUCUUUUGUGGUUAACAACAAGGCUUAGGAAAACGCGACUUGACAGUAGGCCCGAUUACCAGCCGCUGUUCCGGAAAUGAUUCAACGCUCUUCCCCAAACAGCCUCUUCUCGGGUAGGACUGAGGAGAGAGCGGCAGAAAUGAGCCUACUGGACAGGGACCCAAUCAGAAAUUAACUCGCGAAGUCGUCAUCUUGGGAUGUUCUGAAUGUUUUUGAAAAAAAUAGUUAAAAUGUCCUGUACUAUGGGAUUUUUCCUAUUUGAGUCAGCUGAAAGUUGUCUACUCUUGAUACACUUCUUCGGCCGACCAAACCCUCGAGAGGGUCACUAUGACCACACCUGACUGAAACCGGAAACCGGGCGGGAAAAGUGUCUGGCGCCCAGAUUAAAUAGCAGCUUAUGGAAAAGUAUAAACUUGUAGUGAAAUUUUUCACAGUCUCGAAUCCAUGCAACCAAGCGCCAACCAAUCAAGAGAGUGAAACUGGUUAACUGACAAAUCUUACGAGCAAAAAAAGUUUGCUGAAGACAUUGAUAAAUUUCUGAUAUGAUGGUAGCUGUUGUGCGAGCGGGUCGUCUUCACAACACCAGGGACAGACGUAGAGCGGAGGGCGGCCUAAUUUUUAAAUGCAAAACUCUACAGCCGCGCGGCAUAAACAUUGACUUCAAUUUUAUUUGAGCGAACUCUUCCAGCGCGCGCUUCAAAUGUUGCCACAUUUGAAUAAAAUGACGAGAAACGUCUGAAUUUUGAAACAUUUUAGCGCUAAGAACGCAAAGACAAAUUUUAAUUGUAAUCAAUUUAUCAGCGCUACACAGUUUCUAACCAUGUUUUGAUCUUGAUAAAUUUCUAUCUGGGUAUUGUUUUUAAACAAGUUUUUAUGUUCCCUUUAAACCACAGGACCCCCAAAAACCCUGCUUAGCUUACGUGAAGCUGGACGCAUCAUACGAAGACGUAACAUUCAAAGGAACGUACCGAUCAUACGAAAGAGUUCUAUGUUUAUAUUUGGACCUGAUAAUCCGUAAGUGAAUUUUUACAAGGAUCUGUAGGCAUAAGUGCAAAUUGAAAGGGGAUAUCAACUCAAUGGGGUUUCUCCUUCUCACAGGAUUCGUCAAGCAUGCCAUUGGGUGGUAAAUCUUCGAUACUUUGAUGACUUCAUCUUGGUGAUCAUUUUGAUCAGUAGUGUAUUGUUAGCUGUGGAGGAUCCUGUUAAUCCGCACUCGCCAAGAAAUGAGGUAUCUACUGAAUAAGUACUUACUCUUAAUCAUCCUCUUCCCUCGUCUAGUCUUUAAAAGGUAGGAGGGGGCGGUGACUUCCGUGUGAAAGGUAGGGAUAUGCUCGACGGAAAAUGAAAAUCAGAAUCAAACCCCUGAAAGACACCACUUUGGGCGUGGUUCAAGAUCAUACUAAUUACAGGUAACUUUUCCUGGAACCAAUCAGAGCUACAGUGAUCUGAAUUACUGCCCAUCAAAAUGAAUUCAACAGAUUAUGACGGUGUUUGUUUGUUUGUUCUAAGCGAGAUCUAAGAACGAUGACCUUUUCGUCAUGAACACCCCAAAAAAGGACCAAAAUCCGAAAUUUGCGUUUCUUAGCUAGACAACGGGUAUCCCCGCCAAUUUUCUAUUAGAUUUUCCCUGCCCCAGGUUUCAAUCCCGCUCUAAACCAUUUAUACAUUAUUUUUUCUUUCAUGUUCUUCAAGUUGAUUGAUUUUGUGACCUUUGUCUUACUCAAAUUCUAAAAGCCUCACAUUGUAUGCUAUAACUGCCUUGUUCAAAUCCCAUUCAGUAAAGGACGUUGCUUCAGGUAUUAAGCAGCUGCUUAGAGUCCAUCCAAUAAAAAGAGGGUAAAUCAGAAUUUCACUCUUUUAUGUUUGGAUAUCUUCUUUUUGUAGGUUCUUCGCUAUUUUGAUUUCGUCAUCACCGGAAUCUUUGCUCUAGAAGUAUUAGUGAAGGUCAGUGACCGAAGUUACACUGUACUCAACAGACAUCUGUGCAUCAGAAUCUGAUCCGCGGGGGAUUAGCUUUCGAGUCAGACUACUCUAGUCUUUUUGCUGAUUGGUUCAAAAAUCUUACGCCACAAUCAAACGGAUGUGCUAACGAACGAUGAUAUUUUUUUUACACAAAAUUUGCUGCUAUAUAUUUUCCAGAAAACAUAAAAACGCCCAGAAAGAUGUUGGCCUUAUCCUCGACCUUGGAUAGACACUUCGAACGUCUCAAAAACUUUACUAUCGGACCAAAAUCCCAUUCCAGUUAGAAUGUCCUAGCCAUUCGCCAGUAUACCUGGCUCUUCUUGUUACGAACUUUAUGUUAUUAGUCAUAGUAAGUUAUUGGCAAUCAGAUCGGAACGAAUCAGUGAACUUAGGGGAAAAAAUGCAAAGAUAUAUCAGAUAUAUCAGUAUCCUUUUCCCUAUAAUUUAGAUGAUAGACCUUGGUGUCAUCCUUCACAAAGGAUCAUAUCUAAGGAGCGGUUGGAAUAUCAUUGACGCUUUUGUUGUGGCCUGCAAUAUCGCCGCAUUGUUGUUAGAGUAAGUGUCAUUAGAGAGCUUUAGAUUUGAGGACGAGGACAAUUAGGAGUACGAGCUUUAACCCAUAAUUUUUUCGUGUAUUCUCGAAAAAUAUUCAACCCGGAAAGCUUCAUUGUACUAUUUCGCAACUGAAAAAUAAGUGCGGUUAUUUUUAUUGGACUGAGGUUUAGCCCUUUCCCGGUCGCAAAGUGAUUAAACUUCAAAAAAAAUGAUAACUUGUUCCCGCCACUACGACAUUUCGCUAAAACUCGCGGUAGAAUGACGACGGCUAUCACGUUUCCCGCGAAAAUGGCGUUGGUUCACGUAAGAGCACUAAGCUCUGAGAAAAUCUCGUACUCGUUGUCGUCCUCGUCUCCGAAUCUAAAGCUCUCCAUUCACUGUCAGGUUACACCAUGUUCUCGCCAAUAGCGUGGCUUCACCUUUUGAUAAGUAAAUCACUCAAAAUCCACGUCACAACCAUUGAUUCGUUCUCAGUAACAAAGGAAUAGCACUGGAACUGCCUCAGCUUUGAAAUCCCUUGCAUGGUCCUAAAGAAACUUUAUCAGCCCAGUUGAUAGAACUUAACUCCAUGUUGAAACUGUUCCUGAUGCGACACUUUUGAACAGCAAUCGUACUAACGAUGAUGGAUUCUUGCACGCAGUCAAAUUAACUUUGUUUGCGUGGUAUUUUAAGAAGCAAAAAUUUCUCUGCCCUGGUAUUUCACGUUUUCGCCAAUUGAUACAUGUAGUUUCAGCGCCAUUAGUUUACAUAGACAAGAUUUCCUGAGAAGCAUUUGGCAUUCGACGCAGCAGCACAUGUAAAGUUCGUCCGCAGAUUGAGACUGACUGUUUGCCAAAUGAAAACUAUUUCAGUUGUUUUUUCAACUUAAUACGCACUUAGCAUUUCAACCUUACCUGUGAGAAUUUUGCUGAAAAGUCUUUCAUUUGAUUUUGUAGCAUUGGUAGCAACGACUCCUUGGAAAGGGAUGCCAUCAAGUCUUUUCGUGUUUUGCGGGUUCUAAGGCCUUUGAAGGCGAUCAAUAAGUCAAAGAAACUUAAGGUAAAAUUUUGCAAUCAAUGUUGUGAAAUUUCAUGACAUGUAUUGAGCGUACCAUAAAGAUUGAUACGGACUUUUAAAAUCAUUUUCAGGCUGUGUUCGAGUGUAUGCUCUACUCCCUGAAGAAUGUACGUAACAUUCUUCUCAUCACAUUAUUAUUUUACUUUAUCUUCGCCGUUGUUGGAGUGCAGCUUUUUAAGGUGAGAUUAUGGUGUGUUUAUAUAGGCUAACUGAGUGAUUCUCGGUGUUUAUUAAAACGAUGAUGAUAAAGACGACAGUGAUGAUGAUGAUGAUGACGUUGAUGAUGAUGAUGAUUCUCUAUAUGUCCUGAACUUUAGUAGUUUCUCAUUUUCGGUCAAUCGUAACUUCGAUCUCAAUCUCAGUCCAAAAAGUAUUUAGGAAAACCUAAUUCAAAGAAAAACUGAUUAAGUUUGGCCUACCUAAGAGAGACUUUCACUUUCAAAGUGGUUAAAGAGCUCGAAAACCAGAUUUAUACUAAUUGUGUCUCGAGCCACUUUCAACAUCCAUCUCUGCUGCCCUUAUUAAUCCACAUACUUUACUUUUUUUCCUUUAGGGAAAAUUCUGGUUCUGUAAUGAUCAGUCAAAGAUGACAAAGGAAGCGUGCCAGUGAGUAUCUAUACGUCAAACUUUAUGAAGGGAGGGAGAGGGUUGUAAUAAUGCUUAUUUAUUAUUGGCCUUGUGCUUAUAUUCCAGAUGUUGCUCUGUAUAAAAAAUUAGCCAAAAAUAACUUAAGACUCUUAUAUCAAUAUCUUUUAGCUCCUGAAUUUAGGAUAGUAAUUUGGAAUAGUAAAUUUUGAUAAUAAUAUAUUCAAACUAGUGGUGAAAUCAGAAUCUGUAACACAAUUUGCCUUUGGUUGAGUCGUCACGUGAAAUUCCGAAACCCAGUGUUCUUGGAUAUAGAUUAACUUGCUGUAAAUGAUUUAAUAAAUUAACCCAUUUAAAGAAUUCACCUGGAGAAACUUACUUUAUAACCAAACGUACUGUUAACAAGUAUCUUUUCGGCAAUCGUUGACAGGUUGAAAAAGGACAUGACACCAGAUCACUUGAAACAGUAAAAUUAGUGAAUUUAACCUUUAUUAAUCCCAAUGUAAAAUUAUCGAGAGUAAAUGAUGUUCCAAACAGGGCUCUGGACAGGGUGCUAUAUUUGUGUUGAAAUGUCUUUAAAAUUAGUGUUGAAGAAGUGUUUCAUUUUACUUUUUCCAUUAUUAGCCAAGAAUAUUUGGGACUUGUACUUUUGUGCAUUUAGAUAUUUUUUAUGUUUUUAAAUUAAAACAAUGAAUGAACAACGAAAUAUGAAUUUCUUUUAAACAGAGGAGAAUAUUUCAAGUACAAUGUUGGGAUAAACAGUGAGAUAAGUUUGGAUGAUUUUAAGGUAAAUUGUCUAUAUUUCAGCUUAUGAGAGAGGAUAUAGUUAAAAAAAAUACUUGAAAAACCUUUGCAAUUGUUAUCUUCGGACUAAAUCGAUUUUUUCCCUGUAAACAGCUACUGUAAACACAGAUAGACACUGUUGUGACAAAAUUAAAAACAAACUCGUUAAACGUUUUUAGAGACCUUCAGAUUCGAGGACAGGAACGACUGCAAGUCGAGAUUUGACUCUACGCUUUUUCGCCUAUUCAAGUCAGCGCUUUAUCUGUAUGUAUUACAGGAGGUUCAGCCCUUUCCCAAUCACAAAAUGAUAAAACCUCUAACAUUUGAUGACUUGUUUCCGCCAUUACGACAUUCUCGGUCAAGCUCGUAGUAGAAUGACGACAGCUAUAACGUUUUCCCGCCAAAAUGACGCUGGUUCACGCGCGCGCACUAUUUCGUAUUAAAAAAAAUCUCAUACUCGUAGUCAUUCUCGUGACUCGUGACUGAAUGAACAGCCCUGUUGAAGGGACUCUCAAUAAAUUAUGUAUGUAUGUCUCAGAAUCUGAAGGUCUCCAAUUAACUAUAACAAUCAAGUCGUUCAUACACCUGUUCGUCUUCAGUUGAUUUUUGCUUUAGUUUCAGGACGAUUGACUAAAUCAAGGUUGAACAGUGGCGUUUUUGCCAAAAAACACCCCCACUUUUAUCUUCCUUAUGUAUUUGCUAUAUUUUUUAACUUUUUGCGAUUUUUUUCCAUCCUCAGGUUGUUCCUCGGAAGUGGGAAAAACACAAAUUCAACUUUGACAAUGUUGCUCACGCCUUUUUAGCGUUGUUUUCUUCCUCAACCGGGGAAGGAUGGCCUCAGUAAGUUAUCCAUUUUUAUUACAUUUUUUAUGCAGAAAUGGAGCUCGUCAAUGCUCCAGCUUCGUUUAAAAGAAAAGACAGGCAGCUAAAUACUGAGGCCAGGCAUUACGGCAAAGACUGACAUUCCCGCAUUGGCCUGUGCAGCCAAAGACGAUGUUAUUCCAGUCCACGUGGAAAUGAGGUUGCAAUUCCAUAGUCUCUCGAAACUAACUAGUUGAAAGCCAUAGCGCGAUAGUAUUAGCAGUCGGUAAUACGCUUGGCUGCAGAGCAGGAGGUGUUGAGUUCGUUUCCCGGGAACGGACCAAUACUCAGGGUCUUAUAAAAUAACUGAGAAAUGAAGGUACUGCCUUUGCCCAGCCAAAGGUUAGACCUUCGCGAGGUUCGGGUGAUUACGAAAAUUGGCGCUCCCGUCUCCAGUAGGAGGGUGUCCCCGACACUCAAAUGAAGUGAAUUUCUUAACUGCAUACUAAGUCCGCCUUUAAAUUUGGUAAUGAGGUUUACUAAAUAGACACCAUGCAUUCAGUAUUCUCCAUAUUUGUCUGCAGAGGAAUGUAUCACACAGUCGACGCAACAAAAGAGGAUCAAGGACCGAUAAAAGACAAUCAGAUUCAAAUGUCUCUUUACUACGUCUGCUUCGUCGUCGUAUUUUCUUUCUUCUUUCUUAAUAUGUUCGUAGCUCUUAUUAUUGUUACGUUCCAAGAGCAAGGAGAAAAGGAAAUGGAUGGAAGUGAACUCGAUAGAAACCAGGUGAUUUUCUAACCUUUUUGUUGCUGUCGUUUUUGUUGUUGUUUCGUUUGUAAAUCUUAAUAAAACAGACUCAGCGUACGUACAAAAAUAUUUUUUAGUGUUCUCAUCUAUCAAUGGUUUUGCAGUUUUUUUAAUUAAUGUUGUUAGUGAGCAAUGUACUCUUACUAAAAUCUAAAUUACUAUCUUCCUCACUUCAAGUAGCUAGUCCCCAUGGUGCAAAUGAAAACAACUGGAGACUUGAGCGUUGGAUUGCAACCCAGCCUCCCGAGAGUCAGGGGCUCACCUAAGAAACGCUCCACAAAUCCGCUUAACGAAUUAGGUACAUCAAAACUGAUAAAAAAAAAAACAUAAUAGUACAUCAUAGAUCAUAAUGAUGUUUUUUUGUUACUUAUUCCAGCGAGAUUGUAUUCAGUUUGCAAUGACCGCCAAACCAAGGCAACGCUACAUGCCGGAAAACAAAAACACGUGCUUCUACAAAGUGUGGAGGGUUGUUGAUUCCAAACCAUUCGAGAUUUUUAUCAUGACUACCAUUGUCCUAAAUGCCAUUGUUCUCAUGGUUUCGGUGAGUGUUGUUGCUGUUAGUUAACGGCGUCCUAUAAUUCGAUCAUCACGGGAUGGUUGAAUAUUAGGGUUUAGCGUAGUACCUGUUAUGUUUCGGUCUUGUGGCCGCUUGACUCUAUAUUAACCAUUAAAUCUUCUGCGAAAAAAAAAAUGCGGACUUAAAUCGUUUCCAGCAUAGCCCUCAAGUGGUUCAAUUCCUACCUUAGCAACAGGAAACACCAAUACUUGAUAAAUAAACUUUUAUCAGCGCCAGAGUAUGUCAUUAGCAGAGUCCCUUAAGGGUCAAUGAUGGAACCUGCGCCUCACAUAAAACUAAAUCCACUAAAGCAAGUGCGAGAAGCAAACAUUUCAAUCUUCGAGAUAUUUAGCAAUUAUUGGAUGAGGAUGAGUAUGUUCAGCUAGAGAGCUUUUUAAUACUGGUACUGACUAGCAAAACGUUUCAUUCUGUACCUUCAAAUGACUUGUUAUUCUUGUUUUCUUUGUUUUCACUCGAUUUAGUAUGAUGGGGCGUCACCUGAGUACGAGAAAGUUCUUAGCAAUCUUAACACAGCUUUCACGUUCGUGUUCCUGUCAGAAGCCAUUUUGAAACUGAUAGCAUUUAGACAGGUACGUUUACAACACAUUCACCGUUUUGCCGUUUUUUUUUUGUUUUUUUUUUUAGUUACAGAUAACCCAACAAUAACGGUUGGUGUUGUUAUUUGCCCGUCAACCGUUAGUGUGGGCUCAGUUACCGAUUGAUCCUAACUAGCUGCAACGUGCAAGAAAAAUUAGCUUUACAUUAAGAUUUCUGAGGGAGAAUAUGAUGCAAAAAAGUACGAAGAUGGUGAAUGCCUUAUUUCCUUCCUAAUUUACACUCUUGUAACUCUGGGUGCAAAUGCUGUAUUUAUAAUGUUAGCCUGUUCCAGGCUCCGAGAUAGUGGUGGAAAGUCGUUCAGUAAUACGUAUACUAUCUGAGAGCCUGGCACAGGCUAUUAUAAUGUUUGCUCCUGGUUCAUCAUACAUGUAUUUGCAUAAUAUUUGUUCAUCAUUGCAUUAUAUUUGCUCCAACCAAAUUUGAUGUGAAUCCUAUUUUUUGCACUUCAGAAAAAGAACAGAAGAAUCGUAAUAAAUCUUUUUAGUAAACACACUGAAAUUUAUCUUAAAUUUGUUAUGGUGUACGAUAAUUAUGACCAGAAGAUAAAUUGCCCUGUUAUAAAGUGAUGCUAAGGGAAUUACUGCACUAUACCGUGGAAGGUUAUCUGGUUAAACUUUCAUUAAUCAGUUUGUUUGACUGCUGAUAAUACUUAUACUCGUGUAAUUCCGCUGGGUGACAUACUUCGACUUUCCCGCCCUGUUUUCUAGGCCCAAGCCAUGAGAGGAUUACCCUCUCUGGCCCAAGCACAUCUCCUUAUGUUUCACAAUGGCGGAAACUCUUCUUCCCUGCUAGCAGAGGUCUCUCACGACGACGCAAAAAUGAGUUUUGCCUCGUCGUGAGAGACCUCUUCUAGCAGGGGAAAACUCUUCUAAAUUUCUUCAAAUCGUCACCUCAUGAACUCUUCUUAUUUACAGAAUUACUUCCGCGAUUUUUGGAACGUGUUUGACUUUAUCAUAGUGAUAACGACUUUAGUUGGCGUCAUCUUAGAAUUGAAAGUAAGUAAAUAAACCAGGUUAUUAAAGAAUUAAAUGACCAACCAAUCAGAAGAGUGCCGUGUUUUUUCGAGGGUUCUAAUCACAAAAAAAAAAAUAAAAAAAGUUAACGGUACUCUACGACUUUGUAAUCCAUCACAAGCCAGACAAUAACGAUUCAUAUCAGCUAGAAAUGCGAGACUUCGGAAAUUCAAAAUAAUAUGCCCCUUGGUAUUCUCUUGCUUUGGAAUAACCCCUCUCCUGAAUGAACUCCUCUUCGGAAACGCUAAAACGUUUUUGAGAGACCGCGGUGUUUAAUCAAGUAAGUACUGUAAACUCUUGGGAAUAUUUUUAUAUCGCAGUUGAAGGGGAUGAGUGUAUUUCUUCCGAACCGAAUUCUUUGAAGUAAAAUUUUGGACAUUGAAAACUUCUUGAUUGACCUCUCUUUUGGUCUCUUUCUGAACGCAAACCGUAGAAAAGUCCUAGACUAAUAAAACCCUUUGAUAACUUGGACCAGAACAGACCGACUCUUUAUUUUCCAGAACUGAGGAAUAGCUAUGUGUCAGCCUCUUAUAGAACUGGGCGGCCGCCGACCAAUCCAUUCGUUAAGGGAAUUUCAUUGUUGAUAGGAAUCGUACUGCCAGAUUAGUAUGUUUUUAAAUACUGUACACGCGCGCAGCAGCGACGAUUGAAUAUGUUAAGUAAAAAUGACUAUUCCAGUGUAAGUCCCUACUUUUCAGAAGCGCACAAAAGGCUACGCAAGAUGCAACAAUUUAGAAGUCAAAUUGGCUUUUUCUUCAUUGAAAUUUCCUCCAGAUGUUCGGCGUAAAGCAAGGGUCCUGUACCUUUAUCUUCGUCCACGCGUUGUCUACAAAUUUUCUUGUGCAGGUUGAAAUGCCUGUUACAUCGCUGAAACGUGCCGACAUCUUUCAACGCCCGUUCGUCAGCAUCUGACUAGGGACAGGACCUGCAACAUCUAUGCAUUUGCAGCAAUCGGAUAAAUGCCGCAAAUUAUGCUUUGGAUUCUGCGCAAAACCGACAAAGUUAUUUUUCUUUAGAACAUAUCAUUAAUGACCCCAUGUAAUUUAGGGGUUGAUCACUGCGUUCUAUAAUCAAUCUUUUGUUAUUUUCACAUGUUACUUGUUUUUGCCAUUUAAUUAACUAAAAGCGCAAUAGUCUCUUGAUAUGUCGAUAUUUAGGGUAGACUCAUUUGCAAAAUAUUUUUGGCUAAAAAGAAAACAAUAAAAUAUUCCAGCGGGAAAAUUGCGACGGCUAUACGCGUAAGUUGCAAAUGAAUCCACCCUUAGUAUUAUCAUAAUAAUCACCCUUAUUUUCUAUUUCAUUAGCUUUGUAAUCUUUCAUUAUAACUAUCAUUACUAUUAUUAAUUCUUGCUUUUUUAGCCCGCCUUGAUUAGCUUGUGCUAUUUGCGUGCUAACUAUCUUUAAUUUGUAAUCAUGCGUCACGUAAAUAAAAAAAUUUGUUGUUGUUGUUGUUGCUGUUGUUGUUGUUGUUCAGAUGACUUUCGAAGUAAUGCUAACCAUUUCAUUCCUAAUUACCGGUCCGGUCGGCGGCCAGCUCUGACUCUUAGUAAGCGCCCUUAGUUAUCAAUAAAAGCUGCAUGUUUAGACAAUUGCAGUAAGUCUAUCUAUUGACCUUUUGAGUUAAACGGUAACUCAGAGUGUUUUUUUUGUCCUUCAUAGAAAAGCGAUGCCCUUCAAAUAGACCCAAGCUUUUUUCGCCUCUUCCGUGCUGCCAGGCUGGUGAAAUUACUAAGGCAAGGAUACACUAUUCGUAUCCUUUUGUGGACCUUCUUGCAGUCUUUUAAGGUGAGUAUGGAAGAGGCAUUUAUUUAAAAAAAGGAAUUAUAAUUUCUUGUAUAUGGCCAAGACGCCUAACUUGGUUGUUAACGAUCUGUCAUUUUCAUUUUUCUUUUCUCCUUUCUGGUCAUAGGCUCUUCCAUAUGUUGUAAUCUUAAUCGGUAUGUUAUUUUUCGUCUACGCGGUCAUUGGAAUGCAGGUAAGACAGUAACCAUCACUCGAUUAAGUCAUGUAUAUGUCAGCUGAAAUAUUUCGCAUCUUGGUCUCUUCUUCGGAUUUCCUUUUCAUUUCCUUCUUUGUCGCAACUUUUUUUAUUCACUAUUUUCUUCUUUAUCUACAAGCUCGUAACUAAUUAAACCAUUAUGUUAAAGUUGUUUGGUAGAAUUCGUCCAAGUGAGAACUGGAGCAGAGAAAUAAAUCACCACAAUAACUUCAGGAAUUUUUUCAUGGCUCUUCAAGUACUUUUCAGGUACGCAAUUUUCAAUGUGUAUCAGUGCACAAUAUAUUUCAUUUAUCAAAUAAUGACAAAGCUUGUCAUUACCGACAAGAGAGAUGAACCCGGAGAUGAACGGACAAUGUUUUAAAAACCCAAUGCAAGCCAAGAUGGCUAAGAAUCGUUUUGUGGCUGAAGGAAAGUGUCUUAAAGACCUACAGAAAGCCACUCAGCUUUAACCAAUACAUUCUUGUAUUUUUUCCAUAGGGCAUCCACUGGCGAGAACUGGCAUAGGAUAAUGCUCCAUUGUUUUAACGAUGCAAAAUGCGAUUCUGAUGAAACCAAGACUUGUGGCAGCACCGUAGCCUCCAUAAUUUAUUUCUGUACAUUCUACUUUUUCUGCACAUUCUUGGUAAGUAUUACCACUAUGAUCUACCCCGCAAAAAAAAAAUUGAUUAAAACGAGGUCUGAUUUCAUUUAAUUAAUGGCCAUUCUGCACCGUGCUUUGAGCUGGACUUCGAGACAAAGGGAGGAUAAUUUGAACCACGCUGGAUUAGGAAAAUUCAAAUGUUUAUACGAAUGGCCAUUUCUGGAGUAAGCUAUGUGCUGACCUUCGAGAAAAUAAGGGCAUUGAAUUCAAAGUUUGAAAUAUUUCACUUUUACGCGGCUGUUUAAGUCUGUGUGAUGUGGGUAUAAAUCGAUGAAAUCAAUGAAACUAUGUGAGAGUGAAUGAUUUUAUUAUGUCUUUUUUCACUGCAAAUAGUUUGCAUCGUCCCUAACAAUGAGGUUUUCUGUUUCAGAUGUUAAAUCUUUUUGUUGCUGUCAUUAUGGAUAAUUUCGAAUACCUGACUCGAGACGAGUCUAUUCUAGGCCCACAUCAUUUAGACGAAUUUGUGAGGGUCUGGAGCGAGUAUGAUCCAGGAGCAACGUAAGAAUUCUGGCCUUUUUAAGCCUAUCUUUGUUGGAAUUGUUUAUUAAUUAACAUCAUCGUGUGUGUGUUUGCUUAAACCAGCCUAACGUGUCAUUGAUAUCUCCUAUCCUGCCCGUCUAAACUUUAAAUUGAAAUGUGUGCUUAUCCGCCCCCUAUCAUUAGUGGAGAAAUACGUUACUAGUCCUCCGUUUGUAGACGUCUCAGAUUGUAUCAGGGGCCACUUCCUAUUACUGAGUUUAUAUCCCUUCUCAUGCAGGCCUUCAGUCGCUAAUCCUCUUCACUCUCUUAGUUUGCUAUCCCUUCUCCUUUUCCUUUGUCCGAGCUAAACGUACCUCGUUUGUUCGCAAGCCUAACAGUAGCGAAACAACACCCGACUAUUCUAUUUAAAACCGUUUUGUUUUGAUAACUUUCAGUAAGGAAUAUUACACUUCUAUUUUACUUCAUGUUCUGUAGAGGGCGGAUCCCGCAUACAGAGGUAUAUCGCCUGAUGUGUGACAUGUCUCCUCCAGUUGGAUUUGGCAGGAAAUGCCCCAAAUUUAUAGCUUAUAAGGUCAGUAUCCGAUCCACUAACCAAACCCUAUCAAGAAGAGCCUAUUGAGAUAUUUUCAUGGUGAUUUUCAAGCAGUUACUUUUCGUAAUCACAGGAAGCGCAGAUAAGCGCAGGCAGACUUCCAAGCGCAAGCGCAGAUAAGACGGAAGUCUUCCAAUGCAAAGAUAAAUACAGCCAUUGUAGCUAGUGGUGGGCGAGGGUAAAAUCCAUUUAAAUUAGUUGCAACAGUGUUCAGUUGUCUUUAAAAUUACUUUACUUUACUAGCAUAGUCAUAAGUAGUUGGAAUAUCAUCGUCCGGGUGAGUGUAGUCGCGAUGUUAUUGAUCAUUUGUCAGUUAAGCCGUUAAGCUAUUCGUUAAGCUAUUGGCUACAAAGACGCUACUCACAUUGCCAAUAACAUCACGGCUUAAGUGACAGACGACCCAACAACGACGCGAGUUAAUUGACCAAUCAACUUUAAUACCAUCAACUGGAGAGACAACUCCCUUCAGACUCUAAAGAUCACUAGAGCACAGGUUUUCGAAACUUUAAGCCAGACAGUCAGUGUCAAUAGCACUCCUAUUCAGGACUUACACUCAUGACAUGACCCGUGCGUUCAAACCAUUCACAGUGUGAGAAGGAAUUGUGUUACCUUAUUUCGAUACAACAUUAGAACCAAUUAUCUCUUACCAGUUUGUUCUCUUUUUACAGCGCCUGAUUAAAAUGAACAUGCCAAUCAUGGGUGACAAUACAGUCCUCUUCACUUCUACCUUGUUCGCUCUCAUAAGAACCGCACUUGGUAUUUUCAGUACAGGCGACCCAGCAUAUGCUGACAGCGAACUUAGGCGAACAAUCAAACGACUCUGGCCAAAAACAUCCAAGAAAACUUUGGACAAAAUGAUCCCUCUUCAGUCAGGUAAGAACAAGUUCUACUUUUCAUAUACAUGCUGCUGAUGAUUAUUACUUGAAUUUGGAGCACAAAGCCCUAAAAGGAUAAUUUCUACUCAUGCCCGCCCAGCCGUGAUCAGUUUUAUGUUCACUUAUGGUAGCCUUAUGGUUUUGGUGGUCUUUUACGUUUUGUGUUGUUUUUCAUUCGUCUCUUUGAUCGGUAGAGUAUCGCACUGUAAUUAUCCCGUAACUAAACCGUUUGUCGUAAGAAAGAACGCUUGAUAUUUGUUACUGCCGUGUUAGAGAUGAUCGAAAACAAUGAGCUUAAAUCGGUUAGGUUAUAGCAAACAAUUUCUGUUAAAGAUUUGAUUGCAGUUGAUUUGCCAGGCACAAAAAAUUCCCUUUCAUUAGCAAAUGAAUGUAGUAAAUGUAACAAGGAAGUUUAUAGACUCAAUGCUUUCAUUUCCAUUGCAGUUUUGAGCUCCCAGCAGAUGACCAUCGGAAAGAUUUAUUGUGCAAAACUCAUUUAUGAAAAUUACAAACAUAUGAAGAAAAAGCGUCUUGAGAAGAAGAAAAAGGUGAACUGAAGUUAACAACAUUUUUAAGAUACAUUGACACUUAAAAAAAUUAAAAAGCUUCAGCAAUAUAUGUAUAGUUUUUAAAUGCAUGAGCACCAUGGAAACUUAGGACGUAUAUCGUUGCUUUACGUUUAAGAGUUUGGAUGGAAGGCGACAUAACAGUGAUUGGUUGCCUUUAAUUUUCGAUACCAUACUUUUUUCUCUGUCUAAAGAGAUCAGUCGUGACGAUAAAAAAAAAUUAAAAUAUAUGUUUUAUUUAAAAAGAGGAGACCUUCGUUAUUUCGUCGACUUGUGGGAGCUCUUCGAAGUGGUAACUCGAAUUCCGAUGACGAGGAAGCUGAAAUUGACAGCCCCCCUGUGUAUCUGAGGCCACGAAGGCGGUCCAAGACUUUAACAUCUCUACCAUCAAUGAUGUAAGUAAACGUUGAACUUUGUUCUUGACAAAAUCUUAAAGAAAAUAUAUGAUAUAAAUGAAGUUCUACAAAAAGUGAUAACGGAUUUUUUUAGCCUGCGAGGGGGCUCACUUGUACUAUAGUUUGGGGAAAAUUUCGGCGGCAGAGCCAACACAUUUCCUCGUGCGUCCGCCGCCAAAAUUUUCCCCGAACUCGCACAAGUGAGUCUGUUCGCAGGGCAGGUGUUUUCGACCAGUUGGAGACCGACUGAGUUUCUUUGCUCCCUUUGGUUGAAAGCUCUCAUCUAUAGAACACUCUUUUCACUCUUCUCAAUCUAUUUGUUGCUAUACGUCAAGACUCCAAUAUAUAUGCUGUUUCAACCUCAAGUACAGAGAUCAAAUGAGAAAAGAAUUACUUCAUCAAAACGUUAAAACGAUUAAAUAUAGUCAACUAAUGGGUGCGCGGCGAAAGUAUUUAAUACCUGUUUUUUGUUGUUGUUACUGUUGUUCAAAUUUAAAGCCACUUAAAUGAUUGAUAAAGUUCAAAUAAUAAGCAAGAGUGUUAGAAAUUUCAUGGCAUGAAUGACCAGAGAUCCAAACUCAAGCACAGACAGCGACAGUAGUGAUUUCUUGCGUGUUCUGCUCGUUAGUGUUUUUAAUGACAUUGACAACAGGUUUUAAUGAACGUUCUUUUGCUUCUUUUGUCAUCCAAUUCUACUGUACCUACAAUUUGGUGCAAAGACGAUUUUUAAUGCUGAAUGAUGCUCUUUAUAUUAUCCUUGAUAUUAUUACACUUCACUCAAUUUUCAGAACCAAAGAAAAGCAAGAAGUGUUAAACUCUAAGCGGCACAUGCAUCGCUCACUAAAAUUCUUUGGAAGACCAUUCGGACGAUCAGAUAGUUUUAGCGAAGAUGAAGAUGCCAGGGGAACUCACAAGUCAGUUCACUUUAAGGUAAAUUCUUGACUUCCCCGCACCCAAAAAACUGACAACCAGAAAUGCGGUGCGGGAUAAGCAGACAAUUCUUAGCCCAUUUAUUGAACUAACCAACUAAUCACAAAACAAAAACAACUGUUUACACUGUUUAGACACCAAAAAAUCAAACAAACUGUAUACGUUUGAUCUGGCCAAAGUAAAUGAAAAAACAAAACCACUUGUAAUAACUGUCAAUCAUCAGGAAAACACAACUAAAAUCGUUACGAGGAAAUGGAUUACAGGAUUUCAAUCGAAAUAUACAAAAGAACAAAAUUUAACUGUCCGCUUGUAAAAAUCCACAAUGAAACUUGUUUACUGUUCAGCGAAUAUAUACUUGCUACUUUACAUAUCACACUUUCUUCUCAUAAUCUCAUGCCGGCACUUAAAACACACUGCCGACAAAUGCACCUGUGCUUGGGAAUUCAAGAAACCAUUUAUCUUUUGUUUCAUUACGCUUCGCUGCAUUCAGGCAAAGAUAAAUGAACAAAUUGUUUGAAAUAUGAUGACUCCAGCCCAGUUUUUCAAAGCAAAUGAAUAAAACAUUCAUUUGAGUUAGAAGCGUUCUUUUCUUAAAUUGACGGCACAUCUCAGAGGGAAAGUUCCCGUGGCUUCAGUAGUUUUACUUUUUUGCUGAAUUGAACUGAUGAAUAUCGAAAUGUCACUGACAGAUAUCUAUGCUAAACACGAUAAAGUUAAUAGCUUUGACCUCAUUUGUAGAGAGUUUAUGUCCACUUUCCAGAAUCACUAUAGUAAUUUUUGUAUGAUUCUGGCUACGUAUCAAAAUAUUUCUAUGGUGGCCCGGUGCCCGAACAUAAUAGAGCGGCAAUCAGGAGGAUCAAGAGACUAUAAAGGGGACAGAGAGGGCAUCCCCCAUAUACACCCUAUUCCAUAGGUAAUUCGUCUCGAGUUAUUUUUAGAAUCGGGAUAAAGUUACCUCGCCGGAGGCGUGGAUGUUUCGUGGAGGUUUCGCAUGACCAAACGCCGUGCAAAACAUGUCGGGCGAGAGGCAAUGAAAGCGUAAAAAGAUCGAGAGCAUUCCUGAAUAUUGAAGUGAAAUGAGUCGGCGCUCACCUGGGAAAAAGGAAUCGCUGGACUCUUUAACAACCCGUGAAAUCAGUUUAACUCGAAGUUGUCGUAACCUCGGUGCUUUAAUAAAAUGAGAAAUUUCGCCGGUUUAUUGAAACCGGUCGUUUGUACAAUUUAGGGAGUUUAAGAUCCAACGACGCGGACGACAACUAGAACGUCAAAAAAACAAUAGGUUUAAUUAGCAAAACAACAACUUCGCACGUGCAACACACUUUUUUGUUCAUUUCUUUCCCGUUUUUGGGCGACUACGACGUGAAAAUGCCUAAUUUCGCGUUUUAUGGAGGACGUAAAUUAGCAACGACGAAAUUUUAUUUCUCUUUCUGAGCUUGGAUAUGGUCCCUUGAAACUCAGCUUUAGGAGGGUUCGCCUACAAUUGACAAAGUAAGUUGGGUAGGAAUAAUCGCUAUAAAGACUGAAAAAAAUAAACAUCAAACCAGAAAUUGCUCUCUUCAAACUGUAAAUUAUAAAUGAUCCUGAGAGAAUAUUCAGUGUGUUAAGGAUUUCCCAGCUCUACUGUUAGCUCUAUACAAGAGAGGAAGGGCGAUUCUUUUUUAAUUUCUGUUUCGCUGACACAGCUUUCGCAGAAAUCUCGCUGUAGUCGUUUUCGUAGACAAAAGGAAUAGCAAAAUCGCUCUCCGCGUCUUCCCCCAUUUUGUUCUGCGUCAUUUCGAGAAGGACGCGUGGCUCUCAGCGUGGGUCAUCCACGCGGAACACAUUCGCGCUAUGUGAUAGGCUGUUGUCUAAUCCCCCUUGAGAUUUGUGGUGUUAAAAAUAACUCGAGACGAAUUACCUAUGGAAUAGGGUGUAUGUGGGGGAUGCCCUCUCUGUCCCCUUUAUAGUCUCUUAGGAGGAUUUAUUAAACCGAUUGAAUUGAAUGAAUCGGGUUAUGCGCGACAUUUAUAACGUAUCUUGAUCUCAGCUGCUUAUUACCAGUCUUAAUAAAGGAAUGCUUAUUCGUGGUGUUUUAGGACGCUCCUAUGGACUUGACAGAUAUCAACCCCACAAUUAUCAGUACAGACACAGAGGAUGAGGAGCACGUGGACGGCGCAAGUCGCAAAAGGAAAAAGAGGCUGAGUUACAAGAACCCUGUGGUAAGACUGAGGAGUUCAAAUCACACGCUACAGUCGAGAAGAUAACGGAUCAGAAAAGGCUUGAAAAUAUCUAUCGUCUAGCUUAUGAUUAAUUUUAUUGACACCCAAGUUGUUUUAGUUUUAGAUUUGAUUUCUCUUUGAAACUGUCUGUUUUGUUUUGUUUCUUUCUUUUGUUUGUUUGUUUCCUGGGCUCUGUUUUUCAUUAAUUCUCUCAGACAAUUUCUCUAUACUAUAUAUUUCUGAAGAGUGAGGGUAGUUAAGCGUAGCUAAACAUAAGAAUGGCUUUCCAACCGACCUAAACAUAAAACAAAAUGCAAGGGAACAAGUACAUAAAUUCGUAGCAAAACACCCAAGAGAGCGCCCAUCACAGCUACCAAUGAUUGACGGCUGAUUAGAGGAAAACUAUAAAACCUGUCAUCAAUCAAUCAACACAAUGCCCUUCUUUAUUUACAAUCUUAUAGACAAAAAAUUAUAUUUGACCACUACAUAUCUUGACCUUAUCAUCACCUUGGUUGUUGUAAGGAGAAAAAAGAUGUAAAUCAGCUCAGCAGAACCCUUGAGCUAACUAAGCUAUUUGUAAUCCUUCCAAUCCGUAUUCGUUUCAUAUUUUCCCGAUGAAAGAAUUAUGUGUUCCUAAUCUGUGAAGUUAAUAGCCCAUGAGUAAUUAAAGUAUUUUAAUGCUUCUUUAAUGUAAAAGCUACCUAACUUCUAGAUUUAUUUUAUAAUUACAAAUUAAUUAAUAACACUUCUACUAUUUCUGUAAAGACGCUUCCUCUAGGUUUGGUGGUCUUUACAAUUGAAAGACGAUGGCCAACCAUGAAAACUCAAAAUUUCACAUUGAUAUAAAUUUUGUUUUUGUGCUGAAAUUGGAAUUGCUUAAAUUUUCUGUGCAAAAAUAAGGGGAAAGAAACGAGUAAAAGCCACUAGACAUACUUAGAUUAAGAGAGCAAACAGGAGAAACAACAAUAACAAUCAAUUUUCUUUUGUUUUUUCAUUUGAUCGCGUACUUUUCAGCGAAAAGGAGAGUGGAUUGAAAUGGAAUGCAUGCUUCCCAAUGGUUAGUCGCUUGACUCUGAUUUCAGUAAAUACUGACAUAUAUUUAACUUGGAUAUCAGUCUUCAUUGACGAACACGAUCUGUUCGAUCGAUCCAACAAUUUCGUUAUUUUAAGUAUUGUUUUGAAAAUAAGGCUUUUCGUUGUUAUAUACUAUGUGUUGUUCUAACAUCAGCAUAUCUUAACAUGCACAAUGAAAUUAACGUAACAUAACAAGCACAUUAUUAGCAAAUAAGCUUCCAAGUUAUCAUUACCAAUAAAAGUAAAUCUAAAAAUCCCAAGUUUAUAACUCGGGCUAAAAGACAAUAAUUAAGAUCACCCAACGGCUGCCUCAAAGCUUUGUACACUAAUUAAUAGGGCAUUUACUUUAAGACUCGUGGCCUCUAAUUUUGUGCGUACUUCUAGGCGGCUUCCUAAUCUUUUCUGUUGAGGAUUCCCCUAGAGCUAUCAACAUCGAAUUCUCCUUACAACAAAAAUGAACCUGGAGAAGAGUUGGGAACAAAGGAACUCUUGUUUCCAAAUAAAACAAUAAUUACCACCUCUACACAUCGAAACCCCUAACGCUUUUAGUUACCGAAGAAACGGUUCUAAUGAGAAUACAACAGGCUACUACAGUGCCGACUAUACAUGUAGACUUUUGUUGCGUUCUCCAUUUUGGCACUUUGCUAACUUGAAACUAUCUUGACUAGUUUCUUCAUUAAUUCUUAUAAACAGUGCCUUCCUCUUUCCUAACAUUUUCAUCCUUUCGUUGAUGUUUUUUGCAGGCUCUUGAAGACGAGAUGGAAACCAGCUCAGAAAGCCGCUCUCGCUCCUCCACGGGGUUAUCAUCCCCACUCUCCCUACCCAUGGUAAGAAUAGAAGUCACGUCACCACAACCCAAUGACGCUCAAGCUCAUGUAGAGGAGCCUCCUCCGCGGAUAGCGGCUGAUAUUGACAGAGCAUUCAUGCUUCUUGACUUCCCAGAUGUUAUUAAAUCUGCUGAAAGCAGUCCACGGCAUUCACUAAUACCGUUAACCGAGUUUUACGAGCAUGGUAGAAAUUUGAACCAGAGAAGAACUAGAGAAAUAAUCAAUCAGAUAAACGCCGAGGUGGCGCAAGCAAUAAGCAGAGGACAAAGUCCGUAUUUUAUUUAUGGUAUAACUGACAAUGACGAGGAGACCUGGUGUUGAAAUUCAACCCAAACGUCGCUCGAAUUCUUGGCCUUCAAAAAAUUGCUGUGUCUCUGACCCUGGUUAAACGGAAUAACAAACUCAAUGGAAAGUCUUCAAAAGGAAGAAGAUUACAAUGGAAAAAAGGCAGAAAUUGAAAGUAUUCCAGAGUUUGACUAAACUUUUACCUUUCAGUUGUUAGAGAUAUUACUGAAAGCGAACGAGCAAUUGAUCUUUCGCUCAUUCUUCUAUCUUUUAAAAAGAUAUGAGUCCAUUCCUGGUCUAUUGACCUUUGAAGUUAAAUGAAUCCCUGGUAAAAAAGUAUAUAACUGGCAAAAAAAAUUAGUCAUUUCAAAGAAAACCCAUAGCGAAAAAUAAAUAGAUGUAAAUAUGAAUUUAUAAUGAAAGAUUCAUCACACUCAAAUGUAUUUUUGGGAAGCAAUUUUAAAAAUAAUUUAUUUGGUUUCUUUUUCAUAAUUUGUUUUUAUAAAUUCACAAAAACGACGCUUACGUUUUGUCGGAUGUGUAAAAAAAUAGAAGACAAAAUGAAUAUUAGGAAUUAAUUAAUUAAUUUUGUAGAACAGUGUUAAGAAUGCUUACGUGUGGCAGAUACGUAGUUUCAUUUAUAUUCAUAUAAGGUCCGGUUCAUAGCAGGUUCUCGUUCCAGAUUCUAGGUCCUAAGCAAUGAUAUGGACAUUGCACUCCAGGCUGUGUUCAUACCAGGUGCCUGGGUCGAGCGCAGUUUUACUCACCAAGGAGACUUAGUUGCUCUGACGUUUCCAGGCCCUAGGAGGCUUGUUCUGGUGCUGGCAUGAAUCAUGAAUGGGCUGAGUCUUAAGAAGGUCUUGUUAAACAAGAGCCCCUUUAGAGGAGGGGGGGAGGCAUUUCCCCGACAUGUUUCCCGGGCCCAGGCACUCAAAGACAAUUUUCAUACCAGUCUGAAUGGGACCUCAGCAAACAGAAGGCCACGCAUAGAAUGCAUUAAGAAAGAACUGUCACCUGAGGAAAAGCGUUUGCUAUACUGCACAGUAAACGUGAAUCAAUAACAACAACAGUCUAUGCACUACGUUGGGAAAGCAACUGCAGAAUUGCAUCUCGUUGGUAAAGGCCAUGUGAUGGAUAAUUAGCCAAUUACAUUCGGAAUUAUAUCCAGAUAAACUGUAGCUGUAAACAUCCAACGUCAAAUUUGAAACUUCGUUUACUGUUAAGUAUGAAAUGUGAAAUCGCAGUCAUGUCUCUGUCUCAUUGUUGAUAAAACGAUUUUAUUCAAUGUACAUUUUUACCCCUUCGCUAUCGAACUGAUAAAAUAGGAAAAAAGCGUUUAUAAUUCAAUCAAUUCAAUCGAAGAAAGGUCAGUAUUGGGCUUGUGACUUGCUGGCUUUUUCUCAGUUUAGUUGGCCAGAACUUGUUCAAGAUAUGUUUUGAUCGUUUUAGUUUUCUCUUCUUGUCGUUCUUGUAUGCAAUCGUUAGAAAAUCGCCUUUUAUUUAGAAAUUAAAACGGAAAUUUGAAUCUGUCCACCGCUUUUACUUAAUUAUUUCUUGUUUGCACAGUCCAUCUUUUAACGAAGCAAUCAUGCUCAACAAAAAGUGUUUAAUAUUUGAGGUAAGCGCAUAAUAUGCGGUUUGUUAAUAUACUAUGACGUUGCUUAUUGUUUGUAAAAGCGUAUUAUAAU